AUGGGCAAUUCCGCCUCCAAUGCCAACAAUCCCCCGCGGAAUCCCCCCGCACAGACCAGUAUGCGCCAGACCUCCACAUCCCCUGGCCCAGGCAAUCCCCAUCCAUCCAUGCGCACCAAGAAACGAUCCCUAGAACUCCCAGAUCUUGCCUCUCUUUCACUGACACCUGCCAGCAACAACGGCUCAAACAGAGGUCGCCAGACAAAAUCAGCAUCGAUACCAAUCCCACCUGCUCCCCAGAACAACAACUAUCCGUUUAACCAUUAUAUCACAUCUCAGGAUGUCGAGACAGAGCAGCGCACCUCAGUGCAGCUCCCGAGCACUUCCGAUAUGCUCCAGCAGACCACUGGGUACGGUAAUUAUCGGGGGGGCCUGCAGCCACCAUCAACACACCAGCCCUUCCCGCCCCCACCAGCGCCUAGAGGGCGUACCGCAGGCUAUUACCAAAGCCAGAACGAAUCAAGACACAAUCAGAGCGCGCCUAGGGGUAGACAACAGGCAAUUCCAAACAAGCACCAUGAACAGAUCAUGCGCAUCCAGGAGUUGUACGAUAAGAGCCAACAAACACCAUCUGCUCCGCCUUCGUCCCCUGCAGGGCCAAGUAGUAUGCCGAGCAUAGGAUCAGGGUAUCCGAGGGAGGUUGUGAGGUCAUCCAUUCCUGUUUUGUUGGGCAAGGCAGCAAAAGCAGCCGCUGAGGUCGAACAGAGCGCCGCGUUGAGCCCACUGAAGGAAGAUUUAUUGGCAGACCCCGUUCCGGUCAAGAUCGUGUGGAUGGGAGGUGGGAGAGAAGUUGUACUGGCAAGAGCAGGUGAUGAUGAGUGGAAGGGACGACAACCUAUGGAACGAGACCCAAUCAAUCCUAAUGUCUUUACACUCACCGUACACCUGCGUCCAGGAACGCACCACGUACGUUUCCUCGUCGAUGGUCAAUGGCGCGUGGCGGACGAUCUUCCAUCCGCUGUUGACGACCAGGGCUCCCUAGCGAACUAUGUCGCCGUCCCGCUGACCUACGGACUACCUGGACAAACUCAACCCCCUGUGUUUACCACUGCACCAACGAACACCAUCCAGAUAACGAUGCCACCUCCCCAAUUUGCAUCCGUGCAACCCCCGAAAAAGGUCCAGCCUGGUCAAAGCUUUUGGUCGGCUGACUCAUCAGCAGAUGGCGAGGACGAGAGGCGGCCUUCGUCUUCCUCAGGUACUGCUGGCAACAAGGGACAAGCCGAUGCUGCGAAAAAUCCUGCUGCCGCGGCGGCGGCAGCAUACAUCCAAGCUCCGUGGACGGACGUCUUUCCACCGGAGCUUCUUGAAGCUGCGAGGGAGGAAGAGGCAUAUCUGGCAGCGUCCGCUGGACAGUAUGACGCGAGUGGGAACACCGCGCGCGUGUCUGGGUUUGUCCCUGCUCCGAAUAUUCCACCCGCACCUGGCUUGCCCAGACAUUUGGACAAACUGAUUUUGAAUUCGAGAGUUGGGGAGCAGAAGAGAAAUGGUGGUGACGGUAGUGUCAAUGGUAGCGCGCAUGGGCAUGGGCACCGUGGAGAUCGUGGGGACCAUGGACACAGAGAUGGUGGAGGAAGUGGUGUGGGGAGCGGUCAGGGUAGCGCUGCACGCAGGGAGAGGAGGGAACGGGAACGGGAGAGGGAAAGAGAGCGAGGAACAAGGAGUAGCAGACGAGGAACUGUGCCGCCGCCACCACCACCGUCGGAAGAUGGAGGAGACUACGAGCCACCUGCUAUCACUGUGCCGACGUCUACUCCUGCAUCGUCAACGGUACAGUUACCCAGUACUUCGUCUUCUUCCGUUCCGCCAGCUCCUGCGUCAGGAUCGGCAUCAGGGACGACAACGCCGUCGAAUGCGGCCCAGGCAUCUUCGACGGUCAACGCGUUGGCGAGCACAUCGGCAGGGACAAUUUCUGGCGCGUCGGCGGGAUCGGGUGGGGUGGAAUCGACGGGGACGACGACGGCUGCAACAUCUCCCCAGGCUUCAUUACCCGCAACACCGACAGGCCAGAUGUCUCCUAUGCAGACGCCACCAAAAGGCGUUGGGUGGGCUGCUGGUGGGGUGGCUGCUCUACCUCCCUCUGUACUAUUGGCUGGUUUCCCACAACCAGGCUUGCAAUCCUCGUCCGCUGCUCCCAUGCCAUCAUCAACGACACAAAGUCCCUCGCCACAGCCGCCGACACUAGAACGGGCAGCCGUGAGCGGUUCGCGGGCGAUUACGAUUGAUGAUGCAAACAUGCCAGCGCUGACGGACGAUAACAGCGUGCUGCCUGUGCCGAGUCAUGUUGUUCUACACCAUUUAUGUACGAGUGCGAUUAAGAACGGGGUAUUGGCCGUGGCGAACACGACGAGGUACCGGAAAAAGUACUUGACGACGAUAUACUAUAAACCAACUUAG